ACAUUUUCAAUGUAUAUAUAUACUAAAGCAAAGUAUAAGUAGAGCCCUCGGGAGUUAUACCUAUAUACAUUACAAACUUAUUGUAGAUGUACUAUAGCUAUAGAUUUACGCACCUAUAUUAUAGUAUAUGAUAUCCAGUGAAUUUUGACAUUUAAACGUUGACAUGUUUUUAGUCUAGUGAGAAUCAAGUUUUACUUUUUAAAUAUAUCGUAUAUAAUAACUGCAGCUUUAUUAUAAUACAAAUAGUUGAUAUGAGCAAUAAAACAAAUUGUUUUAAAGAAAAAAAAUACGCUCAAAAAUAUUCGAAGCAAUGGGAACAAGAAGAAAACUUAAAAGAUUGGAUAGCUCCUGAUCCUACUGGUAACUGUCAAAAAGCUUAUUGUAAAUAUUGCCGUACUAUUUUAGUAGCACAUAAAAAAGAUUUAGGCAAGCAUGCGAUAUCAAUUAAACAUAAAAAUGCUGUUGAUAAAGAUAAACAAGCAAAAUUAUGUCAUCCAAUAAACGUGAUAAAACCUCCUAACAAUAAAGUUAAAGUUGCUGAACUUCAACUAGCCGCAUUUAUAGCAGAACAUACAUCAAUUAUCACAGUUGAUCACUUGACAGAAUUGUUGAAAAAAAUUGAACCGGAUUCGGAUGUUUUUAGUAAGAUGAAAUUGCAUCGAACCAAGUGUGCAGCACUCAUAAAAAUAUUUUAGGCCCGUGUAUGCUCGAAGACUUAGUGAAUGAUAUGAAGGAAUCUCCCUACUGACUUAUUAUUGAUGAAAGCACUGAUAUAUUGACUGAAAAAAUUCUAUGCAUAAUGGUACGAUAUAUUUCUUUUAAAAAGAAAAAAUUAUUGACUACAUUUUAUCGUAUUGUAAAAAUAGUUGACGCAACUGCUAAUGGUAUUCAUUCGGUUUUAGAAUCACAAUUAGAAGCUGAUGGACUUUCUUUAAAAAAUUUAGUCGGUAUUGGAGUUGAUGGUGCAAAUGCACUAGCGGAUCCGUAUACACUGUGUAUACUAGGUGUAAAUUCGGUGUAAACUUGGUGUGGUGUAUACUGGGGGGAUACAGUAGGUAUAUUUGGUAUUUUUCGGAUAAACACUAAGUAUAGAU